AUGAAAGACUCGCUGUACGAUCGCCUUUGGCGCAGGGAAUGCGGGGAGCGAUCAGCAUAUUCCGGGCUUCGGGGAAUUUACGGCUCAAAGGAAUGGGUCAAUGAUCUCGACAUUGUGAAUGAGCUCGGUGGACAUACAGGAUGUGUCAAUGCUCUCAGUUGGUCGCGAUCUGGCCAGCUCCUAGCAUCCGGCUCAGAUGAUCAGUAUCUCAAUAUCUAUUCAUACCAACCCGAAUCCUCGAAUGCUCCAUUUGCGCUUAAUACUACCGUCUUCACCGGACAUAAGGCCAACAUCUUCUCGGUAAAGUUUAUGCCACAAUCGAAUGAUGGGACUGUGAUUACAUGCGCCGGUGAUUCGCAAGUGCGCGUUUUCGAUAUUGAAUACUCCAGCGGAAGCAGAAAUACUGCCGCCACCUCCGCAUUUGAGGCCUCUGCUCGAAGUCGGCGCUUCAUUGAAUUCUUCAGUGGCGCGCGGUAUCUAAGUGAUGGCAAUACCAAUGCCAGGGUUUAUCGGAGUCAUGCCGAUCGCGUGAAGCGCAUUGUUACGGAGUCUUCGCCGUAUCUUUUCCUCACUUGUUCUGAGGAUGGCGAGGUCCGACAGUGGGAUUUGCGGCUUCCUUCUAGUGCAUAUCCUCCGCCACGGGGUGGCCAGGGCUUCAUGGCAUACCGACCGGGUUUGAACCAUGACGACUCUAACGUGCCGCCUCCUCUCAUCUCCUACAAGCCAUACAGCUUGGAUCUCAACACGAUUUCCUGCUCCCCUAGUCAACCUCAUUACAUCGCUCUGGGUGGUGCUCACCUGCACUGUUUCUUACAUGACAGACGGAUGCUUGGCCGAGACACCUAUGCCGAGAGGGGUGCUGUCGGUAUCGAUGACGAGGAAAUGGGCAAGGCGACGCGAUGUGUGCGGAGAUUUGCACCGGGCGGCAAACGUCGCAUGAGACAUCUCGAUGACGGGCACAUCACGGCGUGUAAAAUCAGUGAUGCAAACCCAAAUGAGAUGAUUGUCAGUUGGUCCGGAGAUCACAUCUACAGUUUCGAUUUGAUCCGCAGUCCAGACGCCGCAGAAAUGAAGGACGAGAAAUCAAUCAAAGGCAAAAAUGGACGGGCUCGUCGGAGCUCACGAAGUCGCAAGCGAAAGCGCCAGAAGCCUGCAACGCCUGAGUCUCAGGGGAGCGGCGGUCGGCAUCAGUCGCGUCGCCGGUCGGGCGAGCCAGAUACGUUUAGGAUUCAAUAUGAGAAUGGCGAAGCUGAAGAUGUUCCUUUCCCAUCGUUUUCGGAUAGUGUCCCCGAGACCCCGGGGGAUAUACUCGAGCGGGCUCGGUAUUCCGUGUUGAGUGAUGCUCAGCGAUUGAGCAUGGAGAUCGCAAAGGGGUUGGUAAAACUUCGGAAGACUCUAUUCUCCUUGGAAGCAACUGCACGGGAGGCCACAGACUCUGCCGACGCUGAGCCUGACCGUUACUCGGAUGCUUUCUUUUCCGCUUCACAAACUGCUACUACAUGCCUUCUAAAGAUGGAGAAUGUCAUGCGCGAAUGGAGCUAUCCUCUGAAUCCGACUAGCGAGAUCGUUGCCUUCCAACAGUCUCUCCGCCGAAACCGCGAGUCAUCCUGGAGAUUUGUCCAGGCUGCUGGCAACCUCGCUCAAGAAUUAGGAGAGAUAGAUCCAUCUCCUGAGCUCAACAUUGGAAUGAUUCGGCCUGCGCCAGGCGAGGAGACACAUAUUGAUCGAAAAUCUCAAUUCUGCUACGAUUUCCUUCGGGCGAUCCUUCUCUGGCUGCAGGGUGGCAGACCCCGGCUGUUGGAAGGCUUCCGUCGUGGCAGUGGCCCUCGACGAGGGCGAGUUCAUGACCGGUAUCCAAUCCCGGACGAGUCCGGGGACGAUGCUAUCGACAGUGUGCUGAUCCCUUACAUCCUCGAAUUAGCGAGCGAUACACCUAUUGUGAAUGUGGACGCUUCACGAUUUGAGCAUAAUAGUACCCGCUUUCUGUUCCAGAGUCAACGGGCUGCCGUCACUGCCUUUGGAAACGCCGUCAAAUUGCCCUUGGAAGAUCUUGGGGGUUCGGCAGCUCGAUUUGACAGGCGUCGGGUCUCAAAUCCUUCCUCACAAGUCCGCUCUCUUGAUCGUGCUUCGGCGAAGAGGUUUUGGCUUCUCCGUGUGGGCAGAGGGAUCUUGAUGGAGGCUGGUAGUGGAGUGAACUACACUUUCGUGAACAAUGCGUUUGGUGGAUUACAUACCACGACAGACGAUUCGGAGAGUGACUCGGAGCAGGAGAGAGAUCAAGAUGAUAUCGACCCUAAUGUGGAAGAGCAAAAUAUUCGGCAAAUUGAGUUGGUGAGAGCGGGUUCUUCACACCAAGCCGAUCAAGCCGCCCCCGAUACAGACUCCGAUGCAAGUCAGAGUGACAGUGAUGACAACGAAGCAGGCUCGAGUGAUGAAGGCGAGGACGGCUGGGCCCUGGGCUCGUCGGACGAAGAUGAACAUGGCGAUGGCAGUGAUGAUGACGACGACGACGAGACCACUACUCGAAGAUAUGCCCUUCGCAGAUCCCGGCAAGAAAAAGUUGAGCUCAACACACCUUGCUCGUCUCACAUGCGAAGCUAUCGAGGCCAUUGUAACAUCAAGACUGUCAAGGAUGUCAACUAUUUCGGGUUGAAUGAUGAGUAUGUGGUCAGUGGUAGCGAUUCGGGACAUAUCUUUAUAUGGGAUCGCAAAACGUCACACCUGGUCAAUAUCCUGGAAGGUGACAGUGAGGUUGUCAACGUUGUGCAAGGCCACCCGUACGAACCGAUGAUUGCCGCUUCAGGAAUUGAUAAUACCAUCAAGAUCUUCUCGUCAGACCGCACCGCUCAAUCCGAUGCUAGUCUCGGUAUCAAUAUCCUUGAUCCUGACUUCAGAGGUAACAGACCUGGAGUUACUCAUACCGGUGGUCUGGAAAGCCGCAAGCGAAUCCACGAUAGUUAUCGUAUCAUGAGCGAAAAUGAUGUGGAACGUCGUGGAGGUAUGAGUGAGGCCUACAUUACUCGGAGCAUGCUUGCUCGCCUGGCUGCUACUCUACGGGGUCGACAAGGCGGCCUUGGAGGAAUGGAGGGUCUAGGUGCGUCCGAUGGGGAUACAACCGUUGUUUUGGAUGAUAAUUGUUCGGUGAUGUGA